GAAACAAGGGGGGACUGCAUCGCAGUGGCAGGACAGCCAUAUCCUCUGUGGGGGACCACCUCUGUCACAAUCUUUGCAUUUCUAUCCGAGGAAAAGAGACAGGCUGUUCCCAGAGUCUGUGGCCGCUCACCCCAAGCCGAGGGCCACACUAUGCAGGAGAAUGCUUGCAGCAUCGCAUGCCAGAUGGAGAGUGUGUCAGACUCGUCUGAGUCUCCUGAGGCAUGUCUGCUGACAUGCAUGGAACCAUUCGCCGUGCGCAGGCUGUCAUGUCGCAGCGUGCAACUGCCGCCUCUGGUCUUCCGACAGGCGCAGCAGUACUACUGUGAGAGGAGGGCGGAGGCGGAGACUGGACAGCCCCGCCCCACCUUCCUCCCUCUGAGAGCUCCACCCCUCAUUGCCAUCACCUCUGCAGAGAGCAACAGUUUUGAUGUGGAUAAUGGCACAUCGUCUGGGCGCAGUCCCCUGGACCCGAUGGCCAGUCCGGGUUCAGGCCUCAUCCUGCAGGCCAACUUGGUGCACAGCCAACGGAGGGAGUCCUUCCUCUACCGAUCCGACAGCGACUAUGACCUCUCACCCAAGUCCAUGUCCAGAAACUCAUCCAUCGCCAGUGACAUACAUGGAGAUGACAUGAUUGUAACCCCUUUUGCACAGGUCCUUGCUAGCUUAAGAACUGUGCGGAACAAUUUUUCAGCGCUAACAAAUGUACAACAGGAAAGAUCCUCCAACAAGAGAUCACCCAUGUGUAAUCCUCCACCCAUCACAAAGACCUCCUACACAGAGGAGGCCUACCAGAAGCUGGCCACCGAGACCCUGGAGGAGCUCGACUGGUGCCUGGACCAGCUGGAGACGCUGCAGACCAGGCACUCGGUUAGCGAGAUGGCCUCCAACAAGUUCAAGAGGAUGUUGAACCGAGAGCUGACCCACCUGUCUGAGAUGAGCCGCUCUGGAAACCAGGUGUCCGAGUUCAUCUCCAACACCUUCUUAGAUAAGCAGCACGAGGUGGAGAUGCCGUCUCCACAAUCGCAGAAGGACAAAGAGAAGAAGAAGAGGCCGAUGUCCCAGAUCAGUGGCGUGAAGAAGCUGACACACAGCUCCAGCCUGACCAAUUCCAACAUCCCUCGCUUUGGAGUCAAGACAGACACAGAGGAUGCACUGGCCAAGGAGCUUGAAGAUGUGAACAAAUGGGGCCUUAAUGUUUUCAAAGUCACAGAGUUCUCCAGCAACAGACCUUUAACAGUUAUGAUGCAUACAAUAUUCCAGGAGAGAGACUUAUUAAAAACGUUCAAAAUCCCUCUCGACACCUUUAUAACAUAUCUGAUGACCUUAGAAGAUCAUUACCAUAGUGAUGUCGCCUAUCACAACAACAUCCAUGCUGCCGAUGUCACUCAGUCUACCCACGUGCUGCUAUCUAGCCCGGCUCUGGAGGCUGUUUUUACCGAUCUAGAGAUUCUGGCUGCUAUUUUUGCCAGCGCAAUACACGAUGUCGAUCACCCGGGUGUCUCCAACCAGUUCCUCAUUAACACCAACUCUGAGCUGGCUCUGAUGUAUAACGACUCAUCUGUACUGGAGAACCAUCACCUGGCAGUGGGCUUCAAACUUCUCCAGGAGGAGAACUGCGACAUCUUCCAGAACCUCACCAAAAAACAGAGGCAGUCACUGCGCAAGAUGGUCAUCGACAUCGUUCUGGCAACAGAUAUGUCAAAACACAUGAAUUUGCUUGCAGAUCUGAAAACCAUGGUGGAGACCAAAAAAGUGACCAGCUCUGGUGUUCUGCUGCUGGACAAUUACUCAGACAGGAUACAGGUGCUGCAGAACAUGGUGCACUGCGCUGACCUCAGUAACCCCACCAAGCCCCUGCAGCUGUACCGCCAGUGGACGGACCGCAUCAUGGAGGAGUUCUUCAGCCAGGGCGACCGCGAGAGGGAGCGCGGCAUGGAGAUCAGCCCCAUGUGCGACAAGCACAACGCCUCUGUGGAGAAGUCCCAGGUGGGCUUCAUUGACUACAUUGUGCACCCCCUGUGGGAGACGUGGGCAGACCUGGUGCACCCCGAUGCCCAGGACAUUUUGGACACACUGGAGGACAACAGGGAGUGGUACCAGAGCACCAUCCCACAGAGCCCGUCCCCCGCGCUGGACACGAGCACCGAGGGUCGUCGCGCCGCCGGCCAGGACAAGUUCCAGUUCGAGCUCACACUGGAGGAGGACGGCGAGUCGGACACGGAGAAAGACAGCGCCAGUCCCCCGGAGGAGGAGGAGGAGGAGGAGGAGGAGGAGCAGGAGGAAGAGGAAAAUAGCUGCAGCGACUCUAAGACUCUUUGCACGCAGGACUCGGAGAGUACGGAGAUUCCUCUGGACGAGCAGGUGGCAGAGGGCGACGAAGUGGCUGAGGACCAGAGAGAUGAAGAGGGUGAGAUAUCGGAACCCUGCGUCUUGGAGGAAGAGGAGGACGAGGAGGAAGAGCAGGACACUGCCAAUACGUAACAGUGUGACAUAGCACCUGGACUUCUUUUCUACUAGAGACGUGAGCCACAUAUCUAGGUUAAGCUGGGGGGGUUUUAGGUUUCCUCCUCCUUUCUUAUGUUUUUUGCUUUUUGGGGGGGUCUGUUUUAUGCUCUGUGUACCUUUUCCACCAUCAUCUUUUCUUGCUGUGGUUUUCUUCUUUUUCUUUAGUCAUAACUAGUGCCGUUGAAACCAUUUUCGCACUCAGGAAAGUCUUCUCCAGUUACUCUCUCUCACGGGGGAGAUGGACAGAGCAACUUGCAUUUGUCUUUUACCUGAUUUUUUUGUGUGACCAUCUUUUGUGUACUGUCAGUGCUCCAGUUUCUUAACUGGGGCAGUUUUGAAAAAUAGAUUAAUGUAGUUUGAAAAAAAAAAAAAAAAAAAGAGUAUUGCAGUUUAGUUUGCCAAAAAAAACAACUUACCAACAAACCAUCUGUUUUUUUUCACUGCGUUUAAUAUGGUUUAAAAGGAGCUUCACUGUAUGACACCACGUGAGGUUUGUGGCUUGGAAGGUCACGACAAACUGCGAAGGCUUUUGCUUCCCGAAUACUUGAUCUCUCCAUUCCUCUAGUUGGUGUUUGGCCACUGAAGCACAUGGCCUAGACGGACUAACCAAAGGAAAUGAAAUUCACACACAGCACAAGAAAAUUUGAACUGAUUAAAAUUUGCAAUCGGCAACUGCCAAAGAUUUUUUUUUUUAGUAGUAUACGGUGUAAGUGUAACAUCUUUUAUGUUACAUUACAUUACCUUGCAUUCCAUUCCAGUACAGUACAUGGAAAGAGUGUUCUGCCUGGCUCUGCCAUUCAGUUACGCAUCUGACCAAAAUCUAGCUGAUCUUGAAAUUUUAAUAAAAACGUGUUCGUUUCAUUCCACCACCCUUGCCUACAUCAGCCUUAAACAUUUCGUCGCCUGUCAAACGUGUGCACAAUGUCUGCAGUGGAUUAAACAAGGCAACCUGCUGCAGCUGCUGACCUCUGCUGGUGGUGUCGCGUUAUGGGCGUAUCAGGGUGGUCAUUUCCUGUUCCGAGCCCACUGGUGCCAGGACUCACUCUCCUGGCUCGUAUGACCAGCUUCACUUCAUAAUGCUGAUGUUCCUCUCGUUUCUGUCCCAGUGUUCCUCACCCUUCCUCACCCUUGCGUGGUCUAGCGGCUUCCACCCAGACUUCCCUCACGCAGUGUCCGGGAUGUGUCCGGUCUCGCUGGUUUACUGGGUGAGAUCCGUGUUUGACUCCUCACGUUCCCCUUGCCAAACGUUGGCCCCGUGUGAAUCUGAGCAACGUCAUACUCGGGCCGCGUCAACACACCUGUUAGGUUAUUCUGCCGUUACGAUACUAUUUAUUAUUCGUUUUAUUUGUCAAGAUUUCUUUGAUGUGCUUGUACCAUGUUGAAGUCCUCUAGUCAGACCGUAGCAUCAGAGUUGUGGGCUUGGUGGUCAGCAUACCUAAAUUAGUUUUGAAUCACGUAUGCAGUAAUGACAUAUACUCCUUUGUAUAAAGUGGUGGAUGAAUCCGCUGCCUUUCAGAUGGUCCUCACUUUGACGUUUACUUUAUAUUCUCCGGUUUCUUUCUCAUUGCCAGGUUACACCCCACGUUCGUCUUCUUCCCGAUUGCCCUACUGCUUUUAUAAUUUCUCUGUUUACAAACACGUAUUUAUUAGUGUUGUACAGUACAUAUUGUCAUUCUUACCAUAUUGUAAAUGAUUAUAUCAUCCCUAAUGGUGAUGGUGUUGCUGUAUUAUGGAACUCUUAUUGAGAGGAUGUUUAUUAUUCGUAUUCGGUAUCUAAAGGAUCAAUUUGUAAACAUCGCCUAAGAGAUUGCUUUGUGCGGGGACUUGGAAAGAUCCUGGUUAUUGUCACGUAUUUUUUUAGCCAGAGGGUUGUGCCUUAA